UUGACAGGUGGUGACAAAAAGUUUUGAUUUUUUUUUUGCGAGAAAUUUUAUUGUUUUGAGAGAGGAAGGUACUUGGGGAUUGAGGCGUCCAGAGGGUUUGGUGAGUUUUGACGCAUUUUGAAGAAAGAGUCACUAGCGAAGGGAGUAUUGUUGGUGAAGAUGCCGCCAAGAAGGAGAGAGAAGGGUCGGAAGAGUCGGAAGGCGUGCGAUGUGGCGACUGAGAUAGACAGCGAGGCGCUCAAGAGAGAGAACGAGGCGUUAUUCGAGGAGAUGUAUGAUUUUGUGGGAACGGGUCAGAGCGAGUCGAGUAAUGGAGAAGUGGAGAAGGAGGCGCCUCCAGAAACCGAGAGGAAGUCCGCGAGGAGCAGGAGGAGGACGCAGAGACAGAAUGAGGGGGGAGGGGGGGAGGUAGUGAGAGGUGGAAGUCCGACGAGGGAGAGAAACGGAACGAAGGGGUGUCCGAGUCGAGGGGAGUUGGAGGCCAAGAGGUUGAGCCUCAAACUGAGUGAGAUGGGGUUAGAGAUAUAUGACAUUAAGCCGGAUGGGAAUUGUUUGUACAAUUCGGUUGCCCAGCAGUUGAUGAUUAAUGGGAGGAGUACGGAUGCGAAGGCUACGCCGAGUUUUUUAAGGAAGAUGACAGCGGAGGAGAUGAGGAGGAAUUCCGAGGAGUACAUUCCGUAUUUGGAUGAUUCGUUGGGGUUUGACGCGUACUGUGAUCGCGUGGAGAAGGACCAGAGUAUGUGGGGUGGGCAGUUGGAGAUUAGGGCGUUGUGCCAUUCGCUGAGGGCGUCGAUUUGGGUUGUGUCGGCGGAUGCGCCUACGGUGAAGAUGGGUGUGGAGUAUUUGGACGAGGAGAGCGGGCCGUUGGUGUUAGCGUUUCACAGGUAUUUGUUUGCGUUGGGGUAUCACUACAAUGGCGUGAGGUCGAGCGAGUUUGGUUCAGAAGGGGCGGUGUAUUGAGGUGGGUCUAAUAGCGCUCCAUGCGGCGGCGGCGAGCUGAGUGAA